GCAAGUGGGAGGGGAGCAGACCAAGGAGCUAUAUAACCCUUGAGUGUUCAGCUGCCCUGAACACCACCCACCCAGAGUGGAGAAGCCCAGCCCAGCACCGUCAGGGAUCCCGUGAAGCAGCUCCAGCUAUGUGUGAAGAAGAGGACAGCACCGCCCUUGUGUGUGACAAUGGCUCUGGGCUCUGCAAGGCUGGCUUUGCCGGAGACGAUGCUCCCAGAGCUGUUUUCCCAUCCAUUGUGGGACGUCCCAGGCACCAGGGGGUGAUGGUGGGAAUGGGACAAAAAGACAGCUACGUGGGUGAUGAAGCACAGAGCAAAAGAGGAAUCCUGACCUUGAAGUACCCGAUCGAACAUGGCAUCAUCACCAACUGGGACGACAUGGAAAAGAUCUGGCACCACUCCUUCUACAAUGAGCUCCGCGUUGCCCCUGAAGAACAUCCAACCCUGUUGACUGAGGCACCGCUGAACCCCAAAGCCAACCGGGAGAAAAUGACCCAGAUCAUGUUUGAGACUUUCAAUGUCCCAGCCAUGUACGUGGCUAUUCAGGCGGUGCUGUCCCUCUAUGCCUCUGGACGUACAACUGGCAUUGUGCUGGACUCUGGAGAUGGUGUCACCCACAACGUGCCCAUCUAUGAGGGCUAUGCCCUGCCCCAUGCCAUCAUGCGUCUGGACCUGGCAGGCCGAGAUCUCACUGACUACCUCAUGAAGAUCCUCACUGAGCGUGGCUAUUCCUUCGUGACUACUGCUGAGCGUGAGAUUGUCCGGGACAUCAAAGAGAAAUUGUGCUAUGUCGCUCUGGACUUUGAAAAUGAGAUGGCCACUGCUGCAUCCUCCUCCUCCCUCGAGAAAAGCUAUGAGCUGCCUGACGGGCAGGUGAUCACCAUCGGGAACGAGCGCUUCCGCUGCCCAGAGACACUGUUCCAGCCCUCCUUCAUCGGGAUGGAAUCUGCUGGUAUCCAUGAAACCACCUACAACAGCAUCAUGAAGUGUGACAUCGACAUCAGGAAGGACCUCUAUGCUAACAAUGUGCUCUCAGGGGGCACCACCAUGUACCCUGGCAUUGCUGACCGUAUGCAGAAGGAAAUCACGGCCCUAGCUCCCAGCACCAUGAAGAUCAAGAUAAUUGCCCCUCCAGAGCGCAAAUACUCCGUCUGGAUCGGCGGCUCCAUCCUGGCCUCUCUGUCCACCUUUCAGCAGAUGUGGAUCAGCAAACAGGAGUACGAUGAAGCCGGGCCCUCCAUUGUCCACCGCAAAUGCUUCUAAGUCACUUCCCUGCUCUGUUUCUAGCCCACAACUGUGAAUGUUUUGUGGAAUAAUGCCUUCAAUUCCUUUCCAAGCCAUGCCUAUCCAAAGCUCUGACUCAUUACCUAUGUAUUUUUUAAUAAAUCUGAAAUAUGCUACCAGUAA